GAAGCAGCAGCGGCGGCGGCGGCGGCGGCUGGAGUGAGCGCCCGGCUCGCCGCGCCGACCAGGGCCCGGGCAGGGCCGCGCGCGAGGCCGCGUCCUGCUCCUCAGGCCCGGGGCCGCGUCGGCCGCCGCGCUUCGUCCGCUCCCGGUGAUUUCCUAGAAGCAUGAUUGUUUGUUGCACUUGAUCUCACAACCUGGUGAGGACUUCUUUACUGAUAAUGUCAAGUUCAGGUUAUCCUCCCAACCAAGGAGCAUUCAGCACAGAGCAAAGUCGUUAUCCUCCCCACUCUGUUCAGUACACCUUUCCCAGCACCCGUCACCAGCAGGAGUUUGCAGUCCCUGAUUAUCGUUCUUCUCAUCUUGAAGCCAGUCAGGCCUCACAGCUCUUGCAGCAGCAGCAGCAGCAGCAGCUUCGCAGACGACCUUCCCUGCUUUCAGAGUUUCACCCAGGUUCUGACAGGCCUCAAGAAAGGAGAACUGGAUAUGAGCAGUUUCACCCAGGCCCUUCCCCGGCAGAUCAUGAUUCACUGGAAUCCAAGCGACCACGUCUGGAGCAGGUUUCUGAUUCCCAUUUCCAGCGGGUCAGCGCUGCGGUCUUACCUUUAGUGCACACGCUGCCAGAAGGGGUGAGGUCUUCUGCAGAUGCUAAGAAGGAUCCAGCAUUUGGAGUCAAACAUGAAGCUCCUUCCUCUCCAAUCUCUGGGCAACCAUGUGGAGAUGAUCAAAAUGCUUCACCUUCAAAACUUUCAAAGGAAGAGUUAAUACAGAGUAUGGAUCGUGUAGAUCGAGAAAUUGCAAAAGUAGAACAGCAGAUCCUUAAACUGAAAAAGAAACAACAACAGCUCGAAGAAGAAGCUGCUAAACCUCCAGAGCCUGAGAAGCCUGUGUCACCUCCUCCCGUGGAGCAGAAACACCGCAGUAUUGUCCAAAUUAUUUACGAUGAAAAUCGGAAAAAAGCAGAAGAAGCUCAUAAAAUAUUUGAAGGUCUUGGCCCAAAAGUUGAACUGCCACUCUAUAACCAGCCAUCAGAUACCAAAGUGUAUCAUGAGAACAUCAAGACAAACCAGGUGAUGAGGAAAAAACUCAUUUUAUUUUUUAAAAGAAGAAAUCAUGCAAGAAAACAAAGGGAGCAAAAAAUCUGCCAACGUUAUGAUCAGCUCAUGGAGGCAUGGGAGAAAAAAGUGGACAGAAUAGAAAAUAAUCCUCGGAGGAAAGCUAAAGAAAGCAAAACAAGGGAGUAUUAUGAAAAGCAGUUUCCAGAAAUUCGAAAACAAAGAGAACAGCAAGAACGGUUUCAGCGAGUUGGGCAGAGGGGAGCUGGUCUUUCAGCCACCAUUGCUAGGAGUGAACAUGAGAUUUCUGAAAUUAUUGAUGGGCUCUCUGAACAGGAGAAUAAUGAGAAACAAAUGCGACAGCUCUCUGUGAUCCCACCUAUGAUGUUUGAUGCAGAACAGAGAAGGGUCAAGUUCAUUAACAUGAAUGGGCUUAUGGAGGACCCUAUGAAGAUUUAUAAAGAUAGGCAGUUCAUGAAUGUUUGGACUGACCAUGAGAAGGAGAUCUUUAAGGACAAGUUUAUCCAGCAUCCAAAAAACUUUGGACUAAUUGCAUCUUACUUGGAAAGGAAGAGUGUUCCUGAUUGUGUUUUAUAUUACUACUUAACCAAGAAAAAUGAGAAUUAUAAAGCCCUAGUAAGAAGGAACUAUGGAAAACGCAGAGGAAGAAACCAGCAAAUUGCCCGACCCUCACAAGAAGAAAAAGUAGAAGAAAAAGAAGAAGAUAAAGCAGAAAAAACAGAAAAAAAAGAGGAGGAAAAGAAAGAUGAAGAAGAAAAAGAUGAAAAGGAGGACUCUAAAGAAAACACCAAGGAAAAGGAUAAGACAGAAAGUACAGCAGAAGAAACUGAGGAGAGAGAGCAGGCCACGCCCCGGGGCCGAAAGACUGCCAACAGUCAGGGCCGACGAAAGGGCCGGGUCACCAGGUCCAUGACCAGUGAGGCCGCAGCUGCCAGCGCUGCGGCUGCUGCAGCCACCGAGGAGCCCCCCCCACCUCUGCCACCGCCGCCAGAACCCAUUUCUACAGAACCUGUAGAAACCUCUCGAUGGACAGAAGAAGAAAUGGAAGUUGCUAAAAAAGGUCUAGUAGAACAUGGUCGUAACUGGGCAGCGAUUGCCAAGAUGGUGGGGACUAAAAGUGAAGCCCAAUGUAAAAACUUCUAUUUUAACUAUAAGAGACGACACAAUCUUGACAACCUCUUGCAGCAGCAUAAACAGAAAGCCUCACGGAAGCCUCGUGAAGAGCGAGAUGUGUCUCAGUGUGAAAGUGUAGCUUCCACCGUUUCUGCGCAGGAGGACGAGGACAUCGAAGCCUCCAACGAAGAGGAAAAUCCCGAGGACAGUGAAGGUGCUGAAAAUAGUUCUGGUACAGAAAGUGCUCCUUCUCCUUCACCAGUUGAAGCUGUCAAGCCCUGCGAAGACAGCACUGAAAACGCGCCUCCUCGGGGGACCACGCCCGACCCCGUGCCCAGGGCCUCUCCGUCGCCGGCAGUUCCGAGCACAGAAGCAGCCGAGGAUGCCAGUGUGGAGACCCAGGCAAACGACAGCGUGGCAGUGGACACAGCCGAGCCGAUGGACGUGGGGCACAGGGAGUGCGGGGCUGAAGGCACUUCUGCUCUGGACCUCCCCUCGGCCACCAAGGCUGAUGCUGCGGACGUGGAAAUGCCAGAAAGCAGUCCAUCCAGAGUCGAAGGGGACCCCAAAGACAGAGAUCUGGAGAGAGGCAGCGAGAAGCCGGAGCCUGGAGGCGACGACCUAGGGGUGGCCCAGCAGAUGAGCGCCCCGAGGCCCGAGCUCCCCUCUGACCACGACUCCAGUGCCACAUGCAGUGCCGACGAGGAUGUGGACGGGGAACCCGAGAGGCAGCGAAUGUUUCCUAUGGAUUCAAAACCUUCAUUGUUAAACCCCACUGGAUCUAUACUGGUCUCGUCCCCAAUAAAACCAAAUCCACUGGAUCUGCCACAGCUUCAGCAUCGAGCUGCUGUCAUCCCGCCAAUGGUUUCCUGCACCCCAUGUAACAUACCGAUUGGAACUCCAGUGAGCGGCUUCGCCCUCUACCAGCGACACAUCAAAGCCAUGCAUGAGUCAGCGCUUCUGGAGGAGCAGCGGCAGAGGCAGGAGCAGAUGGACCUGGAGCGCAGGGGUUCUGCGAGCCCGCGUGGCGCCCCCAAGAGCCCAAACAGAGAGUGGGAAGUCCUCCAGCCUGCUCCGCAUCAAGUGAUAACUAACCUCCCUGAAGGGGUUCGGCUUCCAACAACUCGACCCACUAGGCCACCUCCUCCUCUCAUCCCAUCAUCCAAAACCACAGUGGCUUCAGAAAAACCAUCUUUUAUACUGGGAGGCUCCAUCUCACAGGCCUCCUAUGCUCCCGAGGCAGCGAAGCCCUCGGCGGGCUCCAUCUCUCUGGGACUGCCGCGGCAGCAGGAGGCCGCCAAGCCAGCUACUGUGCCCUACAUCAAGCAAGAAGAGUUUUCUCCCCGAAGCCAAAACUCGCAACCUGAGGGUUUAUUGGUCAGAGCCCAACAUGAAGGAGUGGUCAGAGGUACCACAGGAGCCAUUCAAGAAGGAAGUAUAACUCGGGGAACUCCCUCCAGCAAACUUUCUGUGGAGAGCAUCCCAUCCCUCCGGGGCUCUAUCACCCAGGGGACCCCGGCUCUGUCCCAGGCUGGCAUACCAACUGAGGCUUUGGUGAAGGGACCCAUUUCUAGACUGUCCAUUGAAGAGAGCAGUCCUGAGAAAGGCCGAGAGGAAGCUGCAUCCAAAGGCCAUGUUAUUUAUGAAGGCAAAAGUGGACACAUCUUAUCUUACGAUAAUAUUAAGAAUGCCCGAGAAGGGACGAGGAGUCCGAGAACAGCUCAUGAAAUCAGUCUCAAAAGAAGCUAUGAAUCAGUGGAAGGAGCUCUAAAGCAAGGGCUGUCCGUGAGGGAGUCUCCUGUACCAGCACCGCUGGAGGGGCUGAUCUGCCGAGCAUUACCCAGGGGGAGCCCUCACUCUGACCUCAAAGAAAGGACUGUGCUGUCUGGUUCCAUAAUGCAGGGCACACCAAGAGCGACAACUGAAAGUUUUGAAGAUGGCCUUAAGUACCCCAAACAGAUUAAAAGGGAGAGUCCGCCCAUACGAGCGUUUGAAGGUGCCAUUACCAAAGGAAAACCUUACGAUGGCAUCACCACCAUCAAAGAGAUGGGGCGCUCCAUCCAUGAGAUCCCACGGCAAGAUGUUUUAACUCAGGAAAGCCAGAAAACCCCAGAAGUGGUGCAGAGCACGAGGCCCAUGGUCGAGGGCUCCAUCUCCCAGGGCACACCCGUCAAGUCUGACAGCAGUUCAGGCCAAUCCGCCAUCAAGCACAACGUCAAGUCCUUGGUCGCGGGGCCUAGCAGACUGCCCCGUGGGCUGCCUCCACUGGAAAUUAGGCCAGAGAGCAUAAAAGCGGUCGAACGGGGAAAAUACGAGGACGUGAAAGCAGGCGAGCCUGUGCGUUCCCGGCACACGUCGGUGGUAAGCUCUGGCCCCUCGGUUCUCAGGUCAACGCUUCACGAAGCCCCCAAAGCACAGCUGAGCCCGGGGAUUUACGAGGACGCCAGCGCACGGCGGACGCCGGGGAGUUACGCCAGCACUGCGCCCAGAGGCUCGCCCAUGAUGAGCAGAGCUCCCGAUGUUACGAUUUCUUCUAGCAAGUCUACCAGUCAUGAAAGGAAAUCGACACUGACCCCUACCCAGAGGGAAAGCAUCACAGCGAAGUCUCCAGUUCCUGGGGUAGACCCUGCAGUGAGCCACAGCCCUUUUGAGCCGCACCACAGGGGCGGUGCCCCAGGGGAGGUUUACCGGAGCCAUCUGCCCACACAUCUGGACCCAGCCAUGCCGUUUCACCGGGCUCUGGAUCCUGCAGCUGCUGCUUACCUGUUCCAGAGACAGCUGUCACCAACUCCAGGUUACCCCAGUCAGUAUCAGCUCUAUGCGAUGGAGAACACGCGGCAGACGAUCCUCAACGACUACAUCACCUCACAGCAGAUGCAAGUGGGCCUGCGCCCGGACGUGGCCAGAGGGCUGUCCCCCCGGGAGCAGCAGCUGGGUCUUCCGUACCCAGCAACCAGGGGAAUCAUUGACCUGACCAAUAUGCCCCCAGCAAUUUUAGUGCCUCAUCCAGGGGGAACGAGCACUCCCCCCAUGGACAGAAUCACUUACAUUCCUGGAACACAGGUCACCUUCCCUCCGCGGCCGUACAACUCUGCGUCCAUGUCUCCAGGACACUCAACACACCUCGCGGCUGCGGCAAACGCUGAAAGAGAGCGGGAGCGGGAGAAGGAGCGGGAGCGCCUCGCCGCAGCCCCCUCGGACCUCUGCCUGCGGCCAGGCUCAGAACAGCCCGGCCGGCCCAGCAGCCACGGCUACGUUCGCUCCCCGUCUCCUUCAGUCAGAGCUCAGGAGACCCUGUUGCAGCAGAGACCCAGCGUUUUCCAGGGAACCAACGGAACCAGCGUGAUCACACCUUUGGACCCGAGCGCACAGCUACGGAUCAUGCCGCUGCCUGCUGGGGGCCCUUCCAUCAGCCAGGGCCUGCCGGCCUCCCGUUACAAUACUGCUGCGGACGCCCUGGCUGCUCUUGUGGACGCCGCAGCGUCUGCUCCCCAGAUGGACGUGUCCAAAACAAAAGAGAGUAAGCAUGAAGCUGCCAGGUUAGAAGAAAAUUUGAGGAGCAGGUCAGCAGCAGUUAGUGAGCAGCAGCUAGAGCAGAAAAGCCUGGAGGCGGAGAAGAGACCCGGUCAGUGUCUGUACGCUUCUUCAGCCCUGCCGAGUGGCAAGCCCCAGCCCCAGUCUGCAGUAGUUUACUCUGAGGCUGGGAAAGAGAGAGGGCCUCCUCCAAAAUCCAGAUAUGAGGAAGAGCUAAGGACCCGAGGGAAGACUACCAUUACCGCAGCUAACUUCAUAGACGUGAUCAUCACCCGGCAGAUUGCCUCGGACAAGGACGCGAGGGAACGUGGCUCCCAGAGUUCAGACUCUUCCGGUAGCUUAUCUUCUCACCGGUAUGAAACACCUGGCGAUGCCAUUGAGGUGAUAAGCCCUGCCAGCUCCCCCGCGCCGCCCCCCGAGAGGCUGCAGGCCUACCAGCCGGAGGUCGUGAAGGCGAGCCAGGCAGAAAACGAAGCCUGCAGGCAGUACGAAGGACCGCUGCACCACUAUCGGCCGCAGCCGGAGUCGCCCUCUCCACAGCCGCCGCCGCCCCCAUCUUCACAGGCCGAGGGGGUGGGGCAGGUGCCCAGGACACACCGACUCAUCACACUUGCUGAUCACAUCUGUCAAAUUAUCACGCAAGAUUUUGCUAGAAAUCAAGUUCCGUCACAGCCUCCCCAGCAGCCUCCCACUUCUACAUUCCAAAAUUCACCGUCUGCUUUGGUGUCUACACCCGUGAGGACUAAAACAUCAAACCGUUAUAGCCCAGAAUCCCAGUCUCAGUCUCUUCACCAUCAAAGACCAGGUUCAAGGGUCUCUCCAGAAAAUCUUGUGGACAAAUCCAGGGGAAGUAUCAGGCCUGGAAAGUCCCCAGAGAGGAGUCACGUCUCUAGCGAGCCCUACGAGCCCAUCUCCCCACCCCAGGUUCCGGUCGUGCACGAGAAACAGGACAGCGUGCUGCUCCUGGCCCAGCGCGGAGCCGAGCCCGCGGAGCAGAGGAAUGAUUCCCGAUCACCAGGGAGUAUAAGCUACUUGCCUUCAUUCUUCACCAAGCUGGAAAACACCUCACCCAUGGUUAAAUCAAAGAAGCAGGAGAUCUUUCGUAAGUUGAACUCCUCUGGUGGAGGUGACUCUGAUAUGGCAGCUGCUCAGCCAGGAACUGAGAUCUUUAACCUGCCAGCAGUCACCACCUCAGGCUCCGUGAGCUCCCGAGGUCAUUCCUUUGCUGACCCUGCCAGCAACCUCGGGCUGGAGGACAUCAUCCGGAAGGCGCUCAUGGGGAGCUUUGAAGACAAAGUGGAGGACCAUGGGGUCGCCAUGCCCCAGCCCCUGGGGGGGGUGCCUGGUGGUGCCGGCACCUCGGUGGCGACCAGCGGUGAGGCCCGGAGAGAGGAAGGGGACCCGUCACCUCAUUCAGGAGGAGUUUGCAAACCAAAGCUGAUCAGCAAGUCAAACAGCAGGAAGUCGAAAUCUCCUAUCCCGGGGCAAGGCUACUUGGGAGCUGAACGGCCCUCCUCGGCCUCCUCUGUGCACUCGGAAGGGGACUACCACAGGCAGACGCCAGGCUGGGCCUGGGAGGACAGGCCUUCCUCCACAGGCUCGACGCAGUUCCCCUACAACCCCCUGACCAUGCGGAUGCUCAGCAGCACGCCCCCUGCGCCCGUCGCCUGUGCGCCCGUCGCCUGCGCGCCUGCCUCUGCCAGCCCCGCCGCCCCUCACCAGCCGAGCAGGAUCUGGGAUCGGGAGCCGGCCCCGCUGCUCUCCGCGCAGUAUGAGACGCUGUCCGACAGCGACUGACCUGCGGGAAGGGGUCCCGGGGCCCCCUGGGUGGGGGACGGGCUCUAGUUUCUGGUGGUCUCAGUUUUAAGUGCAGGCCAAAAGCCUGCCCUCCUAGGACUUGUGCCCAGAGACUUUUCAGGAGAGCCUGGGCCGCAGACGACGAAAUGAUGGAAGUUUAUUUCAAGAGUCAAAUGAGGGGGAAAAGGCUGCCCUGAUACAGGCAGUUCAGUGGAUCAUAAUAAUAGUGGAGGGUUGGAAUGUAGAGUUUUUAAACAGUGGAUAAUUCCUGUUCUUACAUCUGUUUGUAAAGAAAAUCAUGAUGUCUUUAAAUCGCUCUUCUGUAAAUAGAUGGCCUUUUUGCAGUGUU